AUGUCGAAACUCUCAGCAAGCCUCAAGGCAUUAAUCAAUGCCCCCGCCGCCCGACCGUCCACCGUCCCCGCCCCGGCCAACAUAACCUCGGUCUACCAGAAGAUCCAGCAGACCGCGCAGGCGAAACAGAUCUCGCAGCCAUCAUGGGUCGCACUAUCCACCGCAGCGACAAUGACAAUGAACUCCCCCGAAUCCCUAACAGCCCUGUACAACCUAGCGAGCACAACAACACCAACCCAAUCCCUCGAAACAGCCGAACUGAUGCGCGAAGUCGGGCUGAAAUGCAUAAGUUUUAACGGCAUCCCCCGAACAAUCAACUGCCUAGGCUCCUUCCGCGCAAGCCUACCGGAAACAAUCAUCGCCCAACUAUCACACACGCCAACGCGCGGCCCGACCCCCGAAAAUAUCACGGGAAUCAGUCAACGCGGCCACGCACUCUGGGAUUCGAUCUACCGGCCCUUCGAGACGAAGUUGUAUGACAAGCUGUCCGAGUCGCAUCCUGAUUUGCCGGUGCAUAUCCUGCAUGCGAAUUAUGGGGCUUUGCUUUCGGAUCCGGUGCGUGAGAGGGCUGGUGGGACGUCUGCUGGACGAGUUUUGACUUCUAUUGUUGCUGUUGCUUGUUUGAGGGCGCAGAGUGGGGUUGGCCCGCAGGUUACUUCGCAUGUUUUUGGGUUGAGGAAGGCGCUUGAGGAUGGGUCUUGGGUUGGGGAUGUUGAGGGGGAGGCUGGGGCUAAGUGGUUGGCUAGUGAUGAGGGUAAUUUGUGGAUUUUGGAGAGUGUUGAUGCUAUUGUUGGGGCUAUUGGUAACGGGGAGGGUUCGAAUUUUGCUCCUGGGCGAGCGAAGUUGUAG